AUGGCUCCCUAUAGACUUCGUUUGAGAGGGAUCAGGAGGGAGACUGGGACGACGACGGAGAAAUAUGAUGAUGAUGAAGGAGAAGGAGGCGAUGAUGACGGUAAAGGCGAGAAACCACUCAAGGCGUCCAAGGCACCCAAAGAGGCUAAGAAGCCCAAGGAAGGCAAGGUCGACCAGUGGCACUCCUCUAUGACUACUACAUGGACCGCCUACCUCUACCGAUCACCAUCCCAGAAUUCAAGCCAAGAUCGUGACCUCACACCAUACAAGCUCAAAACCUCAGGCAAACCCCUCCAAGUGAUCGUCAAGCUGAUCAACAUCGAAAUCACCGCCACCCUACCUAAAUAUACUUUGGAGGGCACCUGGCGCGUCAAGGACUUGGCGAACGAAAAAAUUGGCACAAAACAUCUCUACGGUAUCAAGAAUAACGACCACCCUGUGACAGCGCUUGGACGGGAUUAUCAACAAACAAGAUCGCUGCCAGGUAUUCCCCAACAUCUUUCAGCACAAGUGUUUAGCGCAGACCCGGAUACUGCCUUUUUCUUCUCGUCCUGUUUUGUCCCGACGCAGCAGAAGGGCUGGGACAACCGCCCCUCUGUUGAAGAGGUGAACAAGAAGCUGUCGCCAGAGCAGUUGCGUGAGGUUGACCAGAUGGCGGAUUGGCCGACGGAUCUGGAAGAGGCCAAGAGACAUCGUGCUAAUCUUAUGGUAGAACGCUGCUACUUCUCCGAGACCUUCAACACCAACUUGCUCGAACGUCCCUUCAGCCUCUGCGAGCACUUGAUUUCUACAUUUUCAUCUUUGCCAGGGACAGCAUCAAAAUAA